AUGGGAAUACAUACUGGAGAAAAACCUUUUUCAUGUAAUAUCUGUGAAUAUCAAUGUAUUAGAAAAGAUGUGUUGCAAAGACAUAUCAAAAUACAUACUGCAGAAAAACCUUUUUCAUGUAAUAUCUGUGAAUAUAAAUGUAUAGAAAAAAGGUAUUUGCAAAAGCAUAUGAAAAUACAUACUGGAGAAAAACCUUUUUCAUGUAAUAUCUGUGAAUAUAAAUGUAUUACAAAUAGUGAUUUGCAAAGGCAUAUGAAAAUACAUACUGGAGAAAAACCUUUUUCAUGUAAUAUCUGUGAAUAUAAAUGUAUUACAAAAAGUGAUUUACAAAAGCAUAUGAAAGUACAUACUGGAGAAAAACCUUUUUCAUGUAAUAUCUGUGAAUAUAAAUGUAUCACAAAAAGUGAUUUGCAAAAACAUAUGAAAAUACAUACUGGAGAAAAACCUUUUUCAUGUAAUAUCUGUAAAUAUCAAUGUAUUCGAAAAAGUCAUUUGCAAAGGCAUAUGAAAAUACAUACUGGAGAAAAACCUUUUUCGUGUCAUAUCUGUAAAUAUCAAUGUAUUCGAAAAAGUGAUUUGCAAUCACAUAUGAAAAUACAUACUGGAGAAAAACCUUUUUCAUGUAAUAUCUGUGAAUAUAAAUGUAUUAGAAAAAUUGAUUUGCAAAGGCAUAUGAAAAUACAUACUGGAGAAAAACCUUUUUCAUGUAAUAUCUGUGAAUAUAAAUGUAUUAGAAAAAUUGAUUUGCAAAGGCAUAUGAAAAUACAUACUGGAGAAAAACCUUUUUCAUGUAAUAUCUGUGAAUAUAAAUGUAUUCGAAAAACUCAUUUGCAAAGGCAUAUGAAAAUACAUACUGGAGAAAAACCUUUUUCGUGUCAUAUCUGUAAAUAUAAAUGUAUUCGAAAAAGUCAUUUGCAAAGGCAUAUGAAAACACACUAG